CGAGCAUCGUAGCCAGAGUCAAGUCAACUCAUUCUUGUCUGUGCAUCAUUCGAGAUCUCGUUGGGUUGGUUUCUACAAAUCACAAGCUGAGGCUAGCAAGGAAGCGAUUCUUCUCUGGAGCUUCAUCGUCCCCGGCCGUUUCCUUCUUCUCUUGACUCUUCACAGCUGCUACGGAGGAUCCCCCAGGAUUUGUGACCAUUCAUAGCUUGUGCCUUGUAGCAGCUCAGCUCAAAGCUUGUCUUGUUUAAUCAUCAGAAAUGGCGACGGGGGCUAGCGGAGGGCAGCCGAGCGUUCUGAGCACAUUACCCAAGGAUCUGCCACUAGAUUUUCUGAAGACCAUCACCGAUCAGUUCUCACCAGAGCAUAUACUCGGUACAGGCGCAUUUGGAACUGUUUAUAUGGGGAUUGCGCCGGACGGGCAGAAAAUUACUGUCAAGAAACUUGCGGAAAACUCGCCAAUCGCACGCGACAAACUAUUUACUAACGAGGUUCAGAAUAUUAUGGCUCUGCAUCAUGAGAAUGUAGUGAAGUUGGUCGGCUACUGCCAUGAAGCACAAAAGAAAGUGGUGCAGAACAAUGGAAGAUAUAUUGUUGCAGACAUUGUUGAAAGUUUACUCUGCUACGAGUAUUUGCCCCAGGGGAACCUUCAGAAGAAUCUUUUUGAGGUAUCCUGUGUAAUGGACUGGGAUACACGCUUCAAAAUCAUCAAGGGGAUCUGCCAAGGUUUAGCCUUCCUACACAGCAUUAGCAUUGUCCAUAUGGAUCUUAAACCUGAGAAUAUAUUGCUGGAUGGUAAGAUGAUCCCGAAAAUUGCGGAUUUCGGUCUCUCGAGGCUCUUCGGUCAAGAACAAACACGGAUGAGAACACAAAAUGUUGUUGGAUCGUAUGGAUACAUAGCUCCAGAAUAUCUAUACAAAGGUGAGAUCUCCACCAAGUCAGACAUAUAUAGUCUUGGCCUAUUAAUCUUGGAGACCACCACAGUUGAGAAAAAUUGUUCCAACAACGAACCAUCUGCGACGCAAUUUAUAAAAAGCGUACAUGAUAACUGGACGGAUGAGCACAUAGUGUCUCAGUGGCCACAUCUUUAUGGGGAUCGCUUUCAGCAGAUAAAAGUAUGCAUCAAAAUUGGACUAGAAUGUGUGGAGAUCGAUCGGCAGAAGAGACCUUCCAUAGAAGAGAUUGUCAAUAGGCUCAACGGACUAUGGUCAACUGGAAGUUGAAUGCCAUAUGCGAUCUCCAGUUUCCACGGAGCAUGAAACUUCGGUCUUUUCAGCAGAGAUGUGGAAGAUGGAACAACAUGCUUCAUUGUUGCUACGAUGAUUUUGAAAUAAUUCUUUCUGAUGUGCGUCAUUGUGGAUCUUGUUAACAAUACUUUCUUUUACCCAACUACGUAGUUGUUUUUUAAUGUCAGUACCGAUAAGAACACGACUAGGCAGCGGCGCCCCAGGGCUGAUUUCCCAUGUGGCGUCAUAUUUCCUCUUC